AAGAAGAAGAUGUCUCUUUGCACUAGGAACGUUUUGUUUUGUUUGAGUUCUUAGGGCGGAAUUUAACUGACGGACGGAAGCGAGUAACAGCGUUUUAUGCCCCGUGCGCUUUUAUUUGCUUCUGACAGGUUGUUAGCUAAUCCGCCUUUUUCUGUUUUGUGUUUAAUCUUUUUAACAUUGGUUUUUGACUAACAUUAUAUCCCCCCAAUACACAUAUAUAUACUACAAUUUUCUAUGCGAGCGGUCUUACUGAAUGCGGAUUUACUCUCGAUGGAAAACUAGCAGGCGAUGCUAGCAAGCGAAAGCUAGCUAACGUUACAUUUCUGUGACACGAAGAGUCUCUGUGCUGCUGGACCAGGAUGAGGGUGUUCUCAGUUUCACACAAGACGGCCUUUGUGGUCGACCACUGCCCGUACAUGGCAGAGUCCAGCCGACAGCUGAUUGAGUGUGACAUGCUGACCAAAAGCCGCUCCCAGGGGUUGAUUCCUCUGGCUCCAGUUGGCAAAUCUCUCUGGACCUGUGCGAUCGAGUGCUCCAUGGAGUACUGCCGGAUCCUCUACGACAUUUACCCCACCAAGAAACUGGUGAACUACAUCGUGAGUGAUUCUGAGGUUCACAUUUUGAACAGCUGGAAGCAAGAGGACCAGAGCACACACAAGCUGAUGACUGCUUUGGCAGCUGUUGGGCCUCCAAACCCUCGGCAGGAUCCUGAAUGCUGCAGUGUCCUGCACGGGCUGGUGGCGGCUGUGGAAUCGCUGUGUAAGAUCACAGAAUAUCAGCACGAGUCUCGUACCACUCUGAUGGACACAGCUGACAGAGUAGCCAACAGGGGGCGCAUUAUCUGUCUCACCAAUGCCAAAAGUGAUACUCAUGUCAGAAUGCUGGAGGACUGUGUGCUGGAAACCAUUCAGGAGCAAAACAAACGGGCAGCAGGAUCUGACAGAUUAAUGCCAAUUCAGCAGUGUGAGCUUGUGCUGGUCCACAUCUAUCCUCAAGGUGAAGAAACUCUGGUUUCAGAUCGGCAAAAGAAAGAGCUGUCAUCAGUGUUGAGCAGUGAGGUUCACAGUGUGCGAGCUGGACGGUAUCUAGCCACUAAACUGAAUGUGCUGGUUCAGCAGAACUUUGAUUUGGCCUCCACCACCAUCACAAACAUCCCCAUGAAGGAGGAGCAGCAUGCUAACACUUCAGCAAAUUAUGACGUUGAGCUUCUGCACCAUCGAGAUGCACAUAUGGAAUUUAUUAAGAGUGGUGAUUUGCAUAUGGCCGGAAGCACCAGCAGAGACAGUGGGCUGAAGGAAACAGUCACUCUCAAGUGGUGCACUCCACGCACCAACAGUGUAGAACUGCAUUACUGUACAGGGGCCUAUCGUAUUUCUCCAGUAGACGUUAACAGCAGGCCGUCUUCAUGCCUCACCAACUUUUUGUUGAACGGUCGCUCUGUGCUGUUAGAGCAGCCUCGCAAGUCAGGAUCCAAGGUCAUCAGUCACAUGUUGAGCAGUCAUGGAGGAGAAAUCUUUCUGCAUGUUCUGAACAGCACGCGCUCCACACUGGAGGAUCCACCCUCCAUCAGCGAGGGCUGUGGUGGAAGAGUGACUGAUUACCGCAUCACCGACUUCGGUGAGUUUAUGCGUGAGAAUCGCCUGACUCCAUUCCCAGAAUCAAUGGUCGAUGUAGCAUGCAGGACUCCAGUCGAGAGAGCCAAAUUUCAACUCGAACGACACACACGAUACUGGCCAAUGAUCAUCUCCCAGACUACCAUCUUUAACAUGCAGGCGGUGGUACCGUUAGCUAACCUCAUAGUGAAGGACACUCUAACAGAUGAAGAUGUGCUGACCUGUCAGAAAACCGUCUAUAAUCUUGUUGAUAUGGAGAGGAAGAGUGACCCUCUGCCCAUCUCAACUGUAGGCUCCAGAGGAAAAGGGCCCAAACGUGAUGAGCAGUAUAGAAUCAUGUGGAAUGAGUUGGAGACAUUGGUAAAGGCUCAUGUGGGCACCAGUGAGCGACACCAGCGCGUGCUGGACUGUAUCAGCGCUUGCCGGAGCAAACCACCCGAGGAGGAGGAAAGGAAAAAAAGGGGAAGAAAGAGAGAAGACAAAGAUGACAAAACCGAGAAAAACGGCAAGGACACAGAGGAGAAGGGCUGGACCACUGACUCUGAGAGGCUGAAGGGAGUAAUGGAGCGAGAGAAGGACGAACAGAGUGAAUGUGAGAUCAUCAAAGAUUCACCGGAUUCUCCUGAGCCCCUGAACAAGAAACCACGCUUAGCUACAGAGGAACAACAACCUCCAGAGCAAUCUAAAGGUCCUGUGUCUCUACUCACCCUUUGGACCAAUAGAAUCACUCAAGCCAACUCCAGAAAGCAUCAGGAGUUUGCAGGAAGAUUGAGUUCAGUGAAUAGCAAGGCUGAGCUUUACCAACAUCUGAAAGAAGAAAAUGGGAUGGAUGUUCAUGAGAAUGGAAAAGCCACCAGAUGAUGUGUGGAACACGCCUCUUCUCAUCUCUGCAGGAUCAUUGAUUUGUUGAGAGGAUGUGAUGUGAUCUUUGGCAUGAUAUCAAAUGAUGUUUUUGUGCCAGACCCAAGAAGAGCAAGGCAUUGUUUUAUAAGGACAUGCUUUUUAUAUGCUUUAGUUUGUACAAAGAGUGAAAUAUUCUGAGACAGAAUAAAGAAAUUGUCAACCGUG